AAUCAAUGUUCCAAUCUUGAAACUUGAAAGGUUCAUCGUCUGCUCAAGGUGCUUGCUAUCAGCGUUGAGAGCGAGGCCAUUGCUCAUGGCUACCUAGGUAAUAGUUGUGGCUUGCUUUCAUAGUGGCUUUAAUAAACUAGCUUCGGCCGAAUCAGCAAUAGUUAGCGUUGUGAGGGGAGUAUCUUAUAAGAAAUCAACACCAUACUCUCCGUACUUCGUAUUCAAACAAGAGAAUAACGUCAACCUCAAAUCUCAGCAGAUCAGAUCACACUUCUUCUGCCUUGAACCUUAAGAUACAGUUGAACGAGCAACUGGCCUCAAGCCACGCAUGAGCAUAAAAAAUAUGUUCCCCGCCUUCCCCAGCCCUUGGGCGCGCCAAAUGCCCUCUCCAUCGUCGUCCCCUCACCGUUCACGAUGGCCUCACUCCGCCUCAUCGCUGUAAUUGCACUGAUCUCAACCUUCAUCGUCUCUUUCGCUUCAGCCCAACUAUGCAGCUACAAAACACUGCAGCCGAGGCGAUCUCACCCUGGUACCGCUCCCGGUUGGGAAUUUUCCGUUGUUCACAAUAAGUUCGUACAACCUCGAACCAUCUUGUUCGAUACCGCGGGUGCUCUCCUUGUUAUGGAUUCUGUCGGCGGUAUAAUUCACGUGCAGCUCGAUGACAGUGAUCCCGCAGGAGGAAGAUGUGUCCGAAUGAAAAAGAAGAAGACUUUGCUCAAGAAGGACGAUCUAAAUCACGGGCUCGCGCUUUCAAAGGAUGGCCGUAGAAUAUAUGCCUCCUCACCAAGGAGCGUCUUUUCAUACUCUUACAAUCCCGGAAGUGGCACGCUUGAUAAAAACUCAGAGAAGGUGGUAGUCGACAACAUGGCCAACGACGGCCAUACAUGGCGAUCCCUUCUCAUUUCACAGAAAAACCCUGAUAUGCUCAUCGUUUCCCGAGGAAGCAGCCUAGCAAAAGACCCGCAAUCCGAGGUGCUUUCGUCUGGCCACGCUCAGAUCCGUGCCUUCAACAUGUCAACUUUGAAUUAUAGCUUGCCCGAUAUGAAGCCCUACGACUUCGCUAGUGAGGGCAUCCUCCUCGGCUGGGGUCUGCACAACGCUCUGGGCCUGGCAGAACACCCAGUUACUGGUGGAAUAUUCAGCACUGAGAACUCGUAUGAAGUCCUCAUUCGGGGUGGCAAAGAUGUCAGCGUCGACAACCCGGGCGAGGAGAUGAACUUCCAUGGAUACCUCAAUGGUUCUACGGAGAGCAGAGGCGGCAACUAUGGCUACCCUUUUUGCUAUAGCAUGUGGUCCGUACGCAACUUUCCUGGCAACAAGCGAGUGAAGAUUGGCGAACAGUUUGGUGCUGAUCGGCCGUCUGAGCUUUCUCGUCGAACCGAUGAGGAAUGCCAAAGGGAUUACGUUGCUCCCGUCCUAGUGUACCAAGCCCAGUCUGCGGCUAUAGGCCUUGGGUUCAACCAGGACGGCACACAAGCAGCUAUUGCUUUCCAUGGAAGCUGGAACCGUGCCGAAGCGGCGGGAUAUUCAGUAGGAGUUAACGACUUCAAAGAUGGACAACCUGCGCUGCCCGCUAUAAAAAGCAGAAAUGCCACCCAACCCAUCAUUUUCAACACAAGGAUGCAUAGAUGCAAUGGGGAGUGUUUCCGCCCUGUCAGCCUGGCCUGGGACAAGAAAAAUCGGUUGUUCUUCUCCUCUGAUACAACUCAUGAGGUUUUUGUGCUAUAUAAUACACGGGAGGCUCACCAAGCAGAUAAAAACAGCACCAAAGGGCCCUAUGUUUGGGGAGGCAAUGAAGACACUAACUGGUAAACGACAGGAAUAUUUCUCUGGGCGGUAAUUUAGCUUGAGUUUAGGGCGCUUUUUACUGUGUUUAUUUUGGCACUUCUCUUUGAAAUCUGCAGUUUUCUAGCUCCUGACGAUAAUUCAGCCUUUACGUUGACGUCCCAAGUCGGAACAACAGCUUACCUAUGAGUCGUGAGCCUAGCUGUUCCUAUUUCCAUAGC